AUGGGCUCCCAACCAUCGCGGUGUGAAACAAGUGAGCCGUCACUAGCAGGGCAGUCUGGCAGCAGUGUGGUCGUACCAGCGACCAGUGUAACUUCGGACCAAGCCGGACCAAGCCCCACCCCAGAUGUGCUGGCGAUGUCGUCGUUCGAGUUGCCCGCCAACGCCAGCGAGGACGUGCUCCGACGCGAGAUAGCCGAAGUAAAAAGCAAUUUGCAUUCCCUGGACAUAUCCAACUGCAUCGUAGCGGUACCAGCACUACUGCUGUCGGUCGCCUCCGACUUACAAAACCUCCGGACACUCUCGUGCAUUGCAUGCCCUCUGAAGGCUAGCCUUCUUCUGGAGCGGCUACUCGUCUCCUUGCCGAACGUCACGGAGCUCCAAUUCUCGCUCGUCGACGCCAAGGAUGACGCCAAGGAAGAACUUCUCAAGUUGCGGCAUUUGGCAAACGUGCAAGAGCGUAAAGAGACCAAGAUUCGCAAGAUGUACGUCGAGGUCGCGGACAAAGUUAACGUGAAGGUGCUGCUGCAGUUCCUGCAGUACUGCCCACUUCUGGAGGACCUACACGUUCACUUCGCGCAAGAAGUCAACUCGUACUUCUGCGCGGCGACGUGUUCAUCCAUGGCCGACCACUUGCUUAAUCUUGAGACGCUUGUGUGCACCUGCGAGGCACCCUGCACGGCCCAAUUAGACCGUGGUCAGCCGGUGGACUUGCGUUACUGCAUCAACCUUCACGGAAACGUGGUAUUCCGAAAGACAUCGCAGGCCUUCAACUGCGCCCAGCUGCAAGACCUGGCCUUCUCACGCAAUGCGGUGUUCCCGCUUGAGCCAGUAAUUCUUGCAGCCGUCGACACACCGGAUAUCGGGAAGCAGUUUUUCAAUGCCGGCUCUCGGCACAACUGGAGCCAGAUACCGAGCCUGUGCGUCCUGCUGUACGAUCAAAGCCUUGAUCGAACGGCGUACCCGACCAUCAGCCGUACGCACAAGGAGGCUCUGCGCUGCUUUUUCGCUAUGUUUCUCAACCUCGUUGAGCUAAACGUCAGCUCCUUUCACUUCAGCGAUGGCUUCGACUUCACACAGGUGGUGGAUGUGCCCGCUCUGCAGUGCCUCCGAGCGCUGUCCCUUCCGCCCUGUGGCCUACGCGCGAAAGGUGCCGUGCGCCGGCCGAGCCCUCAUGCUCGGCAGCGUUGAAGACCUAGACGUCCGACUCAACUUGGACGGCCGUCACAAGAGUUGCCGUAGCUGCGCGAACAAACUGGUCAUCGAACCUGCGGAUGCGAUCGCGUUUGGCAUCCGUUCCGGUCGUCUUACGUUGAGCAACGUGCCAAACUUGGUUUCUCUGGAUUUCUUACAGUGCUUAUCGGUUUCCCACGUGCGCUACAUUGACGACUCUGACGUACCGCGUUUCAACUACAGGGCUCUAUCGAGUGCUCUGUCUUCCAGCGUAACCCUCCGCUCCCUCAUCGUGAAGAUGGCCCUCAUCGACUUUUACGAGCAAUCGUUCGAGACUUUCCUAUACCCGGGGAGAGCUCUGGAACGCGUGUGCCUGCUCACAAAGAAAAAGCUGCAGUCACCAAACGUGCGAAUUAUUGUUGAAGCCAUGGCCCGCCGGCUGCCAUCCAUCAUCUACAUCCACAUUCACUACGUGGACCGUCACACGGGUGUGGAGACCAGCAUGACCUGGAUUCGCCGCACCGAAGGCGUAGCGGCAGGACUACCGGUUAGAGAAAGUGUGAUGCCAGGGAAGCCUUGCAUCAUGUGCUCCACACAGACGUUCGUGGCCCUCGCAAAGCCGCUAUACCGUGAACUUCAGUAGAACAAACAUCACCUCUCAGUCGGCCAAUGCAGCAUCGACACCUCAGUCUUAGGCAGACACUUUUAUGCUCUUAGAUUGACGUGCGUGGCGAAAACUCAUGUCUGUUAUUUCAUCGUAACACCUAGAAGAUAACACUCGCUUUUCAUCGCCAACGAGCGAAUGUUCAAACAAACUAAUAAAUUUUAUUCCUCCUCUGC